UACCUUAGAGUUAACGCUUAUUGCCUUUGCUUGUUAAAUAAGAGUCAGUUACUAAUAUUUUGUGCUACAUAUUUAAUUGCAUGUUAUUUUAUUCCCUGUCGUUUCCAGUGCAGCUGCUUCAAUGCCCAGAUGUACUGCAGUAUCUGAUGCUUCUGGAAUCCAGCCAAAACCAUCCCUAAAAUGCAGCAUUUUAAAAAACAUCUGUGCUAAUGCUUCUGAGAAGCACUUUCUGUAAUAUAACACUUCUUUUUUCCAUUUUUCAAAGAACCAUUGUGGGGAGAAAAAAAAAACCUGCACUUUAAAUUCAAUCUCGACAAACGUGGCUCAUUUGUACUGCAGCUUCAGCAACAGAAGCUUGAUAAUAAAAAAGAUGUCAGAAACACCAAUUUGAAAUUUAAAACCAGUACCUUAUGAUGUCAUCUGCUGAGGAUAACAUUAGUCAAGAUGAAGAUAGCUUUAGGGCACAGCCCAAAAGAAUAUCACAUUUGGUAUCUAACUUGAGAUAUACUAGCAAGAUCAAGCGGAAGAAAAGGACAAACUAUUCCCCUUGUGGAAAUGAAAAGGAAAAUAUUGGCUCUUGGAUUGCAGAACAUAUUAAAAAGAAAGAAUGCACUUAUUAUGUGGAAAACUCCAAUGUGACUGAUACAAGGCGGAGCAUCUGUAUGUGUGGAUAUUCUAAAGAACAGCACAUCGAUUCAGCUACAAGACCACAGCCAUUCCAAAGCAAAGGAACAUGGGACGUAAAUGAACAUAUAAAGGAAAUGCCCACAGAUGCAUUUGGAGAUAUCAAUUUCACUGGGCUGGGUCCCAAAAUUGGAAAGCAGUUUGUAAGAGUAUCAUCUGAUACUCCAUCUUACGUUCUCUACCAGCUGAUGACUGAACAAUGGGGUCUUGAAAUCCCUAAUCUUUUAAUUUCAGUAACAGGAGGAGCUAAGAACUUCCGUAUGAAAAUGAGACUGAGGAAUAUUUUCCGCAGGGGUCUAGUAAAAGCAGCACAAACUACAGGUGCCUGGAUUAUAACUGGAGGUUCCCAUGCUGGUGUAAUGAAGCAAGUUGGUGAAGCUGUAAGAGACUUCUCUAUCGGAAGUACCAACAAAAACAAUAAAAUCAUCACCAUUGGUAUAGCAACUUGGGGAAUUGUUCACAAUCGAAACAGCCUGAUUUCUACCACUGGAUUAUUUCCGGCUCAGUACCAAAUAGAUGAGGAAAAUCAAGGAAGUCUUUCCUGCCUAGAUAACAAUCAUUCUCACUUCAUUCUUGUGGAUAAUGGAACAAAUGGCAAAUACGGUGUUGAAAUUCUUCUGAGGGCCAAGCUAGAGAAAUUUAUUUCAGAACAGACCAAAGAAAAAGGAGGAGUUGCUAUUAAGAUUCCAAUAGUCUGUGUUGUAUUAGAGGGAGGACCUGGAACACUUGAUACAAUCUACAAUGCUAUCAGCAACAACACUCCAUGUGUCAUUGUCGAGGGAUCUGGAAGAGUAGCUGAUGUCAUCGCCCAAGUUGCACAACUUCCAAUUUCAAAAAUCACAAUCUCUCUGGUCCAGGAAAAAUUACGCUCUCUGUUCCCUGACACAUUUGAUACAUUUACUGAACACAAGAUUGUUGAAUGGACCAAAAAGAUACAAGAUAUUAUGAGGCACAAGCAGCUACUCACCAUAUUUCAAGAGGACAAGGAUGACCAGCAUGAUAUUGAUGUAGCUAUUCUUCAAGCAUUGCUAAAAGCUUCACUAAGUCACGACCAACAAGGACAUGAAAACUGGGACCAUCAAUUAAAGCUGGCAGUGGCAUGGAAUAGAGUUGAUAUUGCAAGAAGUGAGAUCUUCACGGAUGAUCACCAGUGGAAGUCCUCAGAUCUUCAUCCAGUCAUGACAGCCGCAUUGAUUGGCAAUAAACCUGCUUUUGUAAAGCUCUUUCUAGAGCAUGGUGUGCGUAUUGAAGAAUAUGCUACUCAAGAAACCAUAAUUAACCUGUACAACAACACAGAUCCAUCCUGUUUAUUCCAUAGCAAACUUGCAAAAGUUAUUGAGGAUGAAAAGUUUCGAUUAGAAUUCCUAAAGUCGUCAAAACUUCGUCUUCACCAUGUGUCUCAAGUUCUGAGGGAACUCUUAGGUGACUUCUCAAAACAUCUCUAUCCAAAGCCCAAAAGUACAGAAAGACCAAGACUGUCUAUAGCAGUCCCACACAUAAAAAUAAAUGUACAAAAAGUCACACUCCGGUCUUUUCACAAAAGAUCUCAAGGAAAAUCAUCCUGUUCAAUUGAUCCAGUGAGGGAUCUUCUUAUAUGGGCCAUUGUACAAAAUCGUAAGGAAAUUGCCGAAAUUAUAUGGGUCCAGUGUAAUGACUGCAUAGCAGCAGCCUUAGCUUGCAGUAAGAUUCUAAAGGAGCUUUCAAAAGAAGAAGAAGAUACAGAUACUUCGGAAGAUAUGAUAGCUUUGGCUGAUGAUUUUGAGCAGAAAGCCAUUGGUAUCUUUUCUGAGAGCUAUAGAAAAGAUGAAGAAAGAGCUCUGAAGCUUCUUAUACGAGUUUCUGAGGCCUGGGGACAGACUACCUGUUUGAAACUAGCCCUUGAAGCUAAAGAUAUGAAAUUUGUAUCCCAAGGAGGCGUCCAGGGUUUUCUAACAAGAGUUUGGUUUGGAGAGCUGAGUGUGGACAAUGAAAUGUGGAGGGUGAUAGCUUGUAUGAUUUUCUUCCCUCUCAUAUAUACACGUCUAUUAACAUUCCGGAAAGACGAGGAAGUAGUCCAGAUUCAAGUUAUGAAGAAAGAAAACAACACAGAAGUGUUUCCUGAUGAUCCAGCACCUACUGAAACUAUAAAAAGUAAAGUUCCAAGGUCACACACAAUGGUUCCUAAAAAGACAAAUUGUAUGACCCCCACUGAGCGUUUCCAAGCAUUCUUUAUGGCACCAGUAGUCAUUUUCCAUCUAAACAUCUUAGCAUAUUUCGGCUUUCUUCUACUUUUUGCAUACGUGUUAAUGAUUGAUUUCCAACCAAGCCCAUCAUGGAGAGAACAUGUCAUCUAUUUCUGGCUCUUUUCACUGGUUUGUGAAGAAAUCAGACAGGUGGUGUAUGACCCUGAUGGAUUUGGACUUUUGAAACAAGCUUUAUUGUAUAUCAAUGACUUCUGGAAUAAGUUGGAUGUCUGUGCAAUUUUGAUCUUCAUUGGUGGUUUGAUCUGCAGGUUAAUUCCAGCGACAUUUUAUCCAGGAAGAAUAAUUCUCUCUCUAGAUUUUGUAAUUUUUUGCUUGCGCCUCAUGCAUAUCUUUACAAUUAGUAAAACUCUUGGACCUAAAAUCAUAAUUGUUAAAAGAAUGAUGAAAGAUGUCUUCUUUUUCCUCUUCCUUUUGGCUGUUUGGGUUGUGUCUUUUGGAGUUGCAAAGCAAGCUAUAUUGAUCCACAAUGAAAUAAGAGUGGAUUGGAUAUUUCGUGGAGUUGUCUACCAUUCUUAUAUGACCUUAUUUGGACAGAUCCCUUCCUACAUAGAUGGGGUGAAUUUUAACAUUGACCAGUGUACUGUAAAUGGGACUGAUCCAAAUAAGCAGAAGUGUCCUGAAUCAAAUAAGGAAAACCUUCAGCCUGUCUUUCCUCAGUGGCUAACUGUUAUUUUACUGUGUCUCUACCUGCUUUUCACCAACAUUCUUCUAUUAAAUCUGCUUAUUGCAAUGUUUAAUUACACUUUUCAACAAGUACAGGAACAUACUGAUCAGAUCUGGAAAUUUCAAAGACAUGAUUUGAUAGAAGAGUAUCAUGGCCGACCACCAGCCCCCCCACCUCUUAUUCUCUUCAAUCAUCUACAUCUGUUUAUCAAACGGGUCAUUCUCCAUGAACCUGCAGGAAGACAAAAGCAGCUAAAGGAAAAGUUAGAAAAGAAUGAAGAAGCUGCUCUCCUCUCAUGGGAAGCUUUUCUAAAAGAAAACUACUUACAGCACCUACAAAAACAGAUGAAACAAAGCACGGAACACAAGAUUAGAGACACGUCUGACAAAGUAAACACAGUCAUGGACAUGCUGGAAUUGGAUCAAGUAAAAAGGACUGGCACUAUGGAAAACAGACUGGUUUUCUUAGAAGAACAGGCACUACGAUCUGCAAAAGCAUUAAACUGGAUUGUUAACACACUCCUGGAUAAUGGAUUUGGUUCCAAAGAGUCUGCUCCAGUUAUUGUGUCAAGUAAGCUCCUUGAUGAAAUAGACCUAAAGGAUAAGGAUGAAACUUUUAUUUCUUCAUGCCAUGUCAAUGCCAGGAAUAUUCGCUACCCUGACUCUAAUGUUGUACGUUUUCCAGUACCUGAUGAGAAAGUACCUUGGGAGGUUGAAUUUAGUAUUUAUAAUCCUCCUUUUUAUACUGCUAUCAGGAAGGACACACGUUUUCAUGACCCUUAUACUGACUCUCCAGAGACACUGCAAAAAAUAAGAUAUAACACUUUUGAUGGAAUCAUAAAUCGUCAAAGCUACUGUGCAACUUAUGUAGUGCAAAAUGGACUGCCACUGAAUCCAGCUGGACGAACUGGUCUCAGAGGCAGGGGAAGUCUUUGUUGGUUUGGUCCAAAUCAUUCCAUUCACCCAAUAAUUACACAGUGGAAAAGAAACAAAGAUGGAUCUAUCAGUAAAAGAAAAUCUAAGAAAAUGCUGGAAAUCCUAGCCAUCAAGCACAUUACUUCAGAUCAUUGGGCUCUUCCUGGAGGCUCCCUUGAACCAGGGGAAACACUUCCACACAAGCUAAAGAAGAUCUUGAAGUACAAAUUCUUAGAGAAAUUUCAACAAUUGUUAAAUGAAAGUAUGGAAGUGUACAAAGGGUAUGUGGAUGAUCCAAGGAAUACAGACAAUGCUUGGAUAGAAACUACUGCACUAAGCCUUCAUUUUGAAAGACAGGAUGACCCAUUAUUACUACAAUUAAAUCAGAAUAUACAAACUCAUAAUCAAGAAAUUGCAAUUCGUUGGCAAGUUGUGGACCAGAAAAUUCCCCUUUAUGCAAAUCACAAAGACAUUCUUCAAAAGGCAGUAGACUGUCACAAUGCCUAUUAUUAACAUAGUGUCGUCCAAGUAUCUGUUGUUCAUGCUUUCGUCCAGUUUCCUUCUUAUUCUUUGGAUAAAUUAUAUGUUUCCAACAUUGUAAUAUUUUCUACAAAGCACUGCAAGGUAAGGUUCAGACUGAGGAAUACCAAAGUGUAUCUCUGGUUUUGUUGCAGCAGAAUCCCAUUGAAGUCAAUUACGCUGCACAGUCUACACUGUGUGCGCUGAAAUUCCACCACUGAAAGAAUGAUCAUUCUUCUCUAGCCAGAAUAUCUCCUGCCAGAGAAUCCGCAAUAUGAUACUAGCCUAAGGAUAUACAGUGGGGCAAAAAAGUA